CAGCGUCUUCAUCUCGGCUGCCUACGACGCUCUUCCUCCACCGCCGCCGGCCAGAAUUUCCUGUUAACCUCGCGAAAAUGGUUCUUCCAAACGAUGUCGACUUGUUGAACCCACCAGUUGAGCAGGAGAAGAGAAAGCACAAGCUCAAGCGUUUGGUUCAAUCUCCAAACUCUUUCUUCAUGGAUGUGAAGUGCCAGGGUUGCUUCAACAUAACAACGGUGUUUAGCCACUCACAGACAGUGGUGGUGUGCGGUAACUGCCAGACGGUGUUGUGCCAGCCAACUGGUGGACGUGCUAGACUCACUGAGGGUUGUUCUUUCAGGAGAAAGGGAGACUAGAGAAGAUGAGUAAACUAUUUGCUUUUAGAGUUGGGAAGUGACAAAGUUAAUAUGGGUAACAAAUUAAGUUAUGGUGUAAUCCUGUUUUUGUUUUAGAACAAAGGAUUUUGGGUUUACAAUGACUGGUUAUGUUAUGUUUUUCAAUUAAAUUGGAUUUUGAAUUUUUGCUAUUUAUUAGCUCUUUGUGGUGCCUAACUGUAUUUCCCCAUCAA